CUGUAUCCUUAGUAAAUCACUAGAACAUAUAAUAGUAUCAUCCAUAAUGAAACAUCUAGACAUUUACGAUUUACUAUAUCCACUGCAGCAUGGUUUUAGAUCAAAAGUUAGCUGUGAAACACAACUUUUAACUUUUACACAGCAAAUACUGGAUUACAUGGCAAACGGUAAACAAACUGACGUAGUUGUCAUGGACUUCUCAAAAGCGUUUGAUAAGGUGGACCACCAAAGACUUAUCCUAAAACUGAAACGCAUGGGAAUAAAUAACAUAACAACAAAUUGGAUAGAGGCAUGGUUAUCGCAUAGAUCACAAAAAGUGGUGGUUGACAGUCACACAUCAAAUAGUUGUCCUGUAUUGUCAGGCGUUCCCCAAGGGUCUGUUCUCGGGCCAUGCCUGUUCUUAAUUUACAUUAAUGACAUGCCAGACAACCUCAAAAGUAAUGUUCGCCUCUUUGCAGAUGACACUAUUGUGUAUCUAACAAUCUCAUCAUUAGAUGACUGUCACACCCUUCAAUCAGACCUACAUAAACUGGAACAAUGGGAGCAAGAAUGGCUUAUGUCCUUUAACCCAGACAAAUGUGAAAUCAUCCACAUAACAAGAAAACAUAAACCAAUCAUCUAUAAAUACACAUUACAUAAUCAUAUUUUAAAAUCAACAAACAAAGCAAAAUAUCUUGGCGUUUCCAUCACAAACGAUCUGACAUGGAAUUCUCAUAUAAAUGACAUCACGAACAAAGCAAAUGCAUCACUGAGAUUUAUAAAAAGAAACGUCAAAACUAACAGCAUAAAAACAAAAGAACUGGCUGAGGAUGUCAUGACAAUCAGGAAGUCUUCAAAGCGACACAGGAUUGAGCAAGAACGUAUUGACUUCUAUUUAACUAUUCCACCAAACAGAAAUGUCGUCUGGGACCCCUGGCAGAAACAACAAAUACAUAAAAUUGAAAUGGUACAGAGAAGAGCUGCCAGGUAUACACUCAACCAAUACAGCUAUCAAAGCAGUGUAACAGCCAUGCUUGAACAUCUAAGAUGGCCAACAUUACAACAAAGAAGAAAUCUUGCAUCCGUCACCAUGCUAUACAAAAUUCAACACCAAUUAGUCUCCAUCCCAGUAAAUACAUACCUAAUACCAUCCAAAGAACAUAAAUUUAUACAGCCAUUCUCUCCCACAAACUAUCAUUUGUAUUCAUUUUUUCCUAGAACAAUAAGGUUGUGGAAUACCCUACCAUACCAAGUAGCCUGUAGCCCAGACUUAGAAGCUUUUAAGUCUGGUGCAAAACCACAUAUAGCUGAUACAUUUGCCAAUUUCCAAUCACUGGGAACUGUUCCUGAUUGUAAGCUUUUAUUAAAUAUGAAUGUUAGAGGUGUAACCAGUGAUGGGAAAAUUGCCUUAAGAAAUUUUGGAGGUAGCUUGUCAGGUCCAGCUGGUUUGUUAAUAUUUAAAAUUUGGAAAUGGUCAAUUACAUCCUGCUCUGUAAUCACUAUGUCAGACAGCUCAUAUGGUGCCAAAGGUGGGACAUUAGGCAAUUGA